AUGUCCGCCUCACUCGCACGCACGCUCUUCCGCCCGACCACAGCAACAGCGACGACGACCAAGCGCGUCUGCCCAGCUUCCAGGUUCUUCCCCUCCGGCUCUGCAAGUCGCUCCGCACGAACAGCCGAUGCCGUCGCGCACAUUACAGUCGCAGCAGCCUUGGUGGCAUCUACCGCUUCUUUCCUCUCGCACCCAGACACACUCUUCUUCGACCACCCUCCUCGUUCCGCCAUAAGCUGGGUCCCAGCACGCCACAUCGCACUCCGAGACCACUCCUCUUCCCCCUCCAUGACUUCCUCAAUCUCGGCCGGCCCGCUUCCCUCACUCUCUCCAGCGCCUCGACCAACAACUUCGAACACAGGAACGUCGGUAUUGAAGGGGAUGGGCACGCAGGCGGAGUUGAGGUUGGCGGGGGUAAUUGGGCGGGGGUUGUUCUGA